GCCGUCUCGAGUCGCAGUCGUCGCGCGUUUCCUCCGCCACGCACUCGCGUCUCGUCAGCGGACAGUCUUUCUCACUCUCUUUCUCUGUCUCUCUUUUUUACUGUGUAUCUGCAGUUAUAAUAUUAUCUUUAGUUUUGCGUGUCAACGACAAUUAACGAAAAAUAUAACAAUAUUACGCGAGAUAUAUAUACACAGUAACCACUAACCAGUGUAAUUUUUUCGUUUUCUGUGGGAAAUACGACGCCACGCGAAUCUCAUCGUGAUAUCCGGACGGGACAUGCAAUGGUUAUUAGCGGCCAAUCGAUCUCUGCAGCCCACAGUCGAUUUUAUCUUGGACCAUGCGAAUGUUUAAACAAACAAACGUCGUGGAAAAAAAUGGCAAACCGUUGGUAACACCGGACAUGGACGGUCGUUUCUAUCAAACGGUUACCGCCGUACCGGCGAUAGUUCUCGAAGAGAGUCCAAAAUCUGCCGAAGUCAAAAGAAAGUUGAUCACUUGGGGCAGGAAAAUGGGCAAGCGGCUGGAGGGGUUGCGGAGGAGCGAGUCUCGCGAUUCGUUGGACAGCCUGUCGUCCAGGGACAGCGCGACCAAACAUCAGCCCGUGUGGCCGCUGGGACAGCCGUCGUCUGGUGGCGACAAGUCGUCCACACUUAAGGGUUUCUUCACGCGCAUCGGGUCCACCGGCAUGCUGAGCUACUCGCGGCUGUACAGCAACAGCUUCCGCGAAAAGUUGCAGCUGUCCAGGAAACACGCGGAAUGCCAGCUAUACAGGAGCGUGUCCACGUCCCAUCUGGCCACGUCGUACAUGAAGGGCGACGACCCAGCCGACUGCCUGGACCGCGGCGAACCGCGGACGCGUGCCGACGCCGACCACGACGCCGAGAUCGAAUCACCCACCGAGCCCGGUUACGUGCCGCUGAAGACCAGAAGCUGCGACAACAUAUCCAAGCUGGGCACCUCCAAGAAGCCCAACUUUCCGUACGCGUUCCUCAGGUCCAGGCUAUCGGUACUUCCCGAAGAGAAUGGCGGUGGUGGCAGCGGGGGUGGCGGUGGCGUGGUUGGCGGCCGCCCAGCGGCACUGUCGGGCGUCCGGCCGCGGAGCUGCGCGGGAGGGCCGACGCACGAAAUAGUGGUCACCGAGGAGCUGUUCAGGGAGAUGGACAGCGACAGGGAAUACCGGCGAGUGUUUAGCAACAUGAGUUCGUCCAACGAGUCGGGUUACGACAGCGACGGUCCCGGCAGGACGCCCGACACGUACCACAAUCAUCAUCACCACCAGAAAGCUGCAGACGAGGAUAGCGGGUUCGGGGACACCAAAUCGCUGGCCACGGACAGCCUUAACGAGUUCGAGGAACACUCGGAGCCGCCGACUAGGCGCCACAGCGACAAGGACUACAACGUACCGUCCAUGUGUCUUUUCUACAAGAAAAACCGCGAGAUUAACGAUCGCAUAAGGUCGGACAGACAGUCGUCAAAAGACACGCCCAACUUCCACCGUCGGAUGUUCAUCAAGAACCGUUCGUUACCGCCCAGUACCACCGCCGACCACCUGUCGUCGUUACCGGUCGAUCUCAACAACCUGCGAUCUCGCAUGCAAAUGGUCCGAUUGCUCAAGUCGCGGUACGAGGACGACAUCGGCAUUUAUUUGAAAAUGGUCGUCAAACACGUAGCAAAUUACAACGAGACCCGGUUCAUCGUGAUGAAACUAGAACCAGGGAAAAUAGCGUACAGAGAUGGCAGGAUUAGAGUCAGCGAUGAGAUAAUCAACGUCAACGGCAAAUUGUUGCGUGGUAUCACCGACAUGUAUGAGGUGGAGAAAAUACUGAAUCACAGUUUUUCCAUAGCAAACAAGUAUUACGUGGACAUCGUACUGUCUAGGUCCGAACAACCGGACUCGACCGUGAUGGCUUUUGACCAUAGCCAUAGUGCCGCCGAAUCGUCUAAACAGAAUGCGAUUUCCGUCAUCAAUAGAGUGCUGGCUAACAAAAUGAACAGUCACUCGUCAAAAUCCCCAACUCCGAGCAUGAGUACCGUGUACAUGUCCGUAACGUUCUACAAGGGUACCGGUCAUAAAUCGUUGGGAUUUAGCAUCGUGGGUGGGUCAGAUUCGCCGAAAGGCGAGAUGGGAAUAUUUGUAAAGACCAUUUUCACAAGUGGCCAAGCCGCCGAAAACGGGUCAUUGAUGGAAGGUGACGAAAUACUGAGUGUAAAUGGCGAAUCCGUCAACGGGAUGACGCACGCGCUGGCCAUAAACUGUUUUAAAAAGGUGCGUCAGGGCCCACUGGAGAUAAAAUUAUGCCGGAGAAAAAUAAUUCCAGACACCUGUAGCAAUGACAGUCGUAGUUUCAACAACGACAUGAUAACGGUGGCGUCAACGACGAUAACUACGACAACAAAUACUCAAACGUUUUGAAGAGCUCAGUCAUGGAGUUGAUGCUUUUGUUAUUAUUAUUAUAAUUUGUGUGUAUAUACCUAUAUAUUAUUGUCAUGACAUCAUGUGACAAAUUGUAAUCUAAUAUAUUAUAACAUUGUACCUUUACAUAUAUAUAUAUAUCAUUUAUUAUAUAUAAUAUGUUGUUUCUGAUA